AUGUCCCACAAUGGUGUUGACCGCAAAGACCGUGCUCCCAGCGAGCUUUCCGACUCUCAUAGGAACGUUGUCGACCAUGAAUCUCCUCAUGUCACUGACGAUGUUGCAGGACCCAGCAAACUCACGUCUCAACAGCCUGGGAGGUCUCAUAUGAUUCAGGUUCAGCCGUUGAAGAGGAGUGAAAUGCAGCCCUCUUACGCUCAAGAUCUUGGUACAGUUGAGGUUACCCAUGGUAUCUAUGGUUCGUUGCUCAACGCACUGGGGUCCUGUGUUGGAAUCUUUGGAAUGGUUCCCUGCUGCCCAUGCCCUAAUCCUUUCCGUGACGUCCAGCAAGGAUCGGUCGGAUUGGUCUCACGGUUCGGAAAGUUCUACAAGUCUGUCGACCCGGGUCUUGUGCAAGUCAAUGUCUGUACUGAAUCGCUGCGCAUUGUGGAUGUCAAGAUCCAGAUCAGUGCCAUAGGAAGACAAACAGUCAUAACUCGUGACAACGUCAAUGUCGAGAUUGACUCUGUUAUUUACUUCCAGAUUUGCAACCCCUACCGUGCGGCGUUCGGCAUCACGGAUCUACGGCAAGCCCUCAUAGAACGAGCACAAACCACCCUUCGUCAUGUUGUUGGUGCACGUGCGGUUCAAUCUGUUGUCACUGAACGUGAAGCCAUCGCAUUCGAGAUCGCAGAAAUCGUUGGCGAUAUUGCAGACAAGUGGGGUGUUGCUAUUGAGGGUAUCUUGAUUAAAGAUAUCAUCUUCAGCCCUGAAGUUUCUGCCAGCUUGAGUUCGGCUGCCCAACAGAAGAGGAUUGGAGAGAGUAAAGUCAUUGCUGCGAGAGCGGAAGUCGAUGCUGCUAGAUUGAUGAGGCAGGCAGCAGAUAUUCUUGCCAGCCCGGCAGCUAUGCAGAUCCGUCAAUUGGAAGCUCUGCAACAAAUGGCCAAGUCCGGCAACAGCAAAGUUAUCUUUGUUCCCAUGCAGCUACAAAGCGACAUCUCACAUCAAUUGGCGAGUGGAUCUGGGUCAGGACUGAACGCCAUAGUUCGAAACGAGAGCAGCGAUGGUCAGGAUGGAAUAGGAAAGGUGGGAUUAUUAAACAGUGUUUCCGAGAUGUGA